AUGGUCGGCCUGGCGCUGGUGUGGCCAGGCUGGUAUGGUCAGGCUGAUGGUGAACCUGGCACUGGUUUGGCCAGGCUGCUGGUGUGGAGCCUGACGCUGGUGUGGAGCCAGGCCCGCGAGCUGCCUGGUCAAUCAACCAGCCAGGUGGACAUCAAGUGGACAGCCAACCAGAGGUCCACCACCUGGGUCAUCAACCACUCAUGGAGUCACCGGCAGCCAAGGUCUUCGGUCAUCGGGCAGCAGGGCAGCCACGUGCAGCAUCCUCCGCUCCUUCUUCUUCUGCGAGAGCCGGACGCGGCGUUCGACAGCCAGCCUGCGUGCGCGCAUUCGCCGCGCUCGCACGCGCGCUCGCUCAGCUCCGACCCGCAGGUCACGCCCGAAGCGGACGGCGACAACUACCCGUCGCUGCCGGUGAUAGUAACCAACGAGCCGGAGGAGGCUCGCGAGACGGACGCGCCUGGCGUCGGCGGCGGCGGUGUCGGCGCGAGCGGCGGCGGCGGGACCGGCGCGCCGGAGCCCGCCGAAGUGCCCGUGGCCGACCUCAUCAAGUCGCUGGUGCACUUCUUGGCGAACAGGCCCUCGCAUAUGCCGCUGUGGCAGUACGAAGACAUCACGGCUAAAGGUAAACCGACUUUGUCGGCCGUGUUCCGUUUCAUCGGUGUGGCCAUGACAGGCCGCAUGGUCUCCGACAUCCUGUCCCGGCUCGUGGAGACGGUCGCCGAGCAAGGCGAGGAUAUGCAGGGUUACGUCACGGAACUACUCCUCACGCUCGAAGCCGCCGUCGACUCGCUCGAGUCCAACUUCCGACCACUCGACUACAUGAGGGACAUAUUCAAGUCGACGCCCAAUUUAAACAACAAGGACGGCGGGCCGCAGCCGAAUGGGAACGCUUUUGCUGCUGGCAAGCGCUCGCCCGGUGUGUGCGUGGGCUGCGUAGGAAGUCAUACGCGCAGCACCAGCUACUCCGUCACGUACUGCAUGCGCAAGAACCCGCCCGCGGCGCCGGACAAGCAUCAACACGACCGCACGCGGCCCUGCAGCGAGGCGGCCAAAGGCGCGUGCUCCAACCUGUGCCGGUCGCGCUCCGCGCAGUCCCUCAAGCUGCUUGGAGACUCCGCCACUCAGGACGACAAGCUGACGAUCCUGGCAACACUGUUCUGGGUGGGCGCGUCGCUGCUGGAGUCGGACUACGAGCACGAGUUCUUGCUCGGCGUGCGCCUGCUCGCGCGCGUCAUGGCGCGCCUGCCGCUCGACCGGCCCGACGCGCGCGAGCGCCUCGACCGCACGCAGGCGCACUGCGCGCCCUCGCUGCACGCGCUGCUGCUCAAGGGCUGCACGCACCCGAACACUUACGAGCCGGUGGUGGGCGUGCUGGCGGACAUGAUCCCACUGCUGGAGCUGCCGGUCAUCGACCCCACGCAGAGCCUGGCCUUCCCGAUGACGGUGGUGGCGCUGCUGCCCUACAUGCUGCUGCACUACGAAGACGCCAACGAGCUGUGCGUGCGCGCCGCCUGCCACAUCGCGCAGUUCACCGCAGAGAAGAGCAAGAAGUUAGAGAACCUCGGCACAGUGAUGACGCUGUACUCGCGCCGCACCUUCAGCAAGGAGAGCUUCCAGUGGACCAAGUGCGUGGUCAAGUACCUGUGGGACACCUACUCGCACCUGUCCAUGCAAAUGCUGGCCUUCCUCGUCGAGGUGCUCGAAAAGGGCGCGGCCAACCUGCAGCUGCCGGUGCUGUCGGUGCUGCACUGCAUGCUGUACUACGUGGAGCUGAGCGCGCCCGCGGCGCAGCCCGUCACGGCCGACCUGCUGCGCGCCGUCGUCAAGUUCCUCGACUCGUGCGCGCAGGACGGCUGCACCUACAAGGAGGCCAUGAAGAUCCUGAAGCUGGUGGUGACGCGCUGCUCCACGCUCGUCGUGCCGCCCUUCGCGCACACGCACGCCGCCGCCGCGCACCUCGACUCGCACAAGAAGGAGCUGCCGGGGCGCACGAUGGAGUUCACGUUCGACCUGUCGCAGACGCCGGUGAUCGGCCGCAAGUACCUGCCCAAGGCCGGCAGCCAGCCCGCCACCGGGCCCAGCUCGCUGUCCAGCGCCGCCACCGCCACGCCCGACAAAGGCUCGUCAGCAUCGGCGUCGGGCUCGGGCUCGGGCUCGGCGUCGACGGUGGUGUGCGCCGAGGCCGCGCCGGCCGCCAGCGCGGCGUCCCCGCGGCGCUCGCUGUCGCUGUCGCCCGCAGACGCGCUCCAGAGUCGCGUCCGGGAGUGCCUCGUCAACCUACUAACUACAUGCGGCCAAAGAGUUGGUCUGCCCAAGAGCCCAUCUGUGAUCUUCAGCCAAAGCUCGGAGUUGCUCGAGCGAGAGUCGUCGAUGGCUUCCUCGCUGGAGGAGGUGUCGGGCACUCCGGGGAAUGAGCCUUCCGCGGCCGCCCCGCCUACGGACCACUUUGGGGUCUUCAAGGACUUCGACUUCUUGGAGUACGAGAGCGAGAGCAUUGAGGGCGAGAGUUCGGACAACUUCAACUGGGGCGUGCGCCGGCGGCUGCUCAGCGAGGAGCGCGACGAGGGCGCCGCGCCGGAGCGCAGCCCGCCGCAGCGGCCGCGCCCGCCCGACCACGCCCACACCACCAAGAGCACGCACGAGGACUCGUCGGACGAGGAGGGCGGGUGGGAGGAGGGCGCGGCGGGGCGCGGGGAGGGCGACGCGAGCGCGCACGAGCUGGCGCUGCGCCCGCGCACGCAUUCCUUCUCCAGCGCCUCCAGCGGGGAACCCGACGGCGACCGCGGCGACGUGACGCCGGUGCCGGGCGCGGGCCCCGCGCUGCGAGACGCGUGGCGCGCGUCGGUCACGGCGCACUGGCGCCACGCCACGCACGUGCCGCCCAUGGCGCUGGUGCACAGGCUUCACACCGUUCUCAAGCUAGCCAAAGGGCUCUUCCGUGAUUAG